CCGAUCUAUAAUGUCUUUUGAUAAUAUUAAUGUGUUAGCUAGUGAUUUUGACAUAAUUUUCAUCAUCAUCACCAUCACAUGAGGCAAUUUGCUAUGUUUAAAAACGUGAAACUAAAAUUGCGACGUAGAACAUUUGUGGAAAAGUUGUUUUGAGGGGUAAACACUUAAUCGAACGUUAAAACACUUUUUAGAACACUGAUUCUGAAAAUUGGUUUAGAACAUAGAUACAUGUGUAGUCAUAGUUAGAAAUAGAAAUGUUUUAAUUACGAGAUUCGAUUAAAAUCUUUUUAUGAUUUUAUACUUUUAUGGAUUUAAACACCCCCAGUCAAUAGUCAACUAGUCAAUUACUAGAUUUUAACAUUUAUAUCACUGAGAAAUGAUUUUCUUUUUGGGGUGUACGUGCAUGUUAUGAACAGAUGUGACAUACACAAUCGAUGCAACAAGAGGAUUAGUUUAUCUAUCAGGAAGAGCCAGCCCUGAGAUUGUACUAAGGAUUCGUAAAGCAAAGAAACAUGCAAAGUUAAUCCACAUGGAUUAUGGUCACGUUAUUCCUCCUCCCUACAAUCCUCCUAAUCCUUAUGAAGCCGUACCUAUCACAUACAAUUGCCAAAAUACAUGGCCACCGUCGCCGUAUCAGUCACCGAUGUACCAGCCGACGGCGCCGCCGUCUCCUAUGACGCAGUACAUGUACUACCGCCAAGACCCAAAUAUCCAACAACCUCAUCCUAUGGCGUUUCCGUAUAACUAUUAUCCGUACUACGUACCGGAGGUGCUUCAAUCUCCACCACCGUAUAUACCGACGCGAGACGGCGUCACCAGCGAGCAGCAGUGUCGUAUCUUGUGAAGAGGAUGUCGUAUUAGCGCUUAAGCAUUGAUUUGGUAUUAUUUUUUUAUAUAUAUCAAAUCAUGCACAAACAAAUGGUUUUUUUUUUAAAUUUUAAUCACAUUUCUUGUUUUUCUAGUCACCUUUCUCAUACUGUAAUCACAAGGGGAUGAUAUUAAUAACAGACUCUAGCAAGUUAUGAGAUUAAUAGAUUGUGUUUCAAUAUGUCUAUAAUGACCCAAAAUCCCAAAUACAUGAUUCCAGUUGUGUGUUUUAAAAGAAAAAAUUAUAUGCACUCGUGUCAUCUUAAGUUGAAUCAUGUCUCCUUUAAUAACAUGAAAGUUCGAUCACAAGAAUCACGUCUCUGUGCGCUAAUGUCAUUAGCCUCAUUGCCUAAUGAACCUCUGAAUCACGUUUCUCUAAUUCCUAUCACUUUGAUUAAUUUAUUUGAAAUCAUUCACCAAAUUUAAUAACUCCACCACUUACACAAGGAUUUGGAUAAGUAAACGUGACCAAGAAGGCAAUAAAACAGGGUUGAGGUGAGAAAGAAUUAGAAACAUUCAAAGAGAAAAUAGAGUAGACGUGGCUAUAUAUGAGACAGGCGCAGCCGGUUUGUAAUUGGAGUAAGGGAGUGUGGUUCCCUCAAUCUACUCCUAAAUUCUCCUUUAUGCUGUGGGUAGCAGCUAGAAAUAGGCUGCAAACCUGUGAUAGAAUGCAGAAGUGGAAUAUUAUAUUGGAUACUUCUUGUGUAUUAUGUCAAGAAGAGCAAGAAACUUGUUGGCAUCUCUUCUUCAAAUGUCGCUACUCGGAUAAGGUGUGGAAGGAAAAAGGAAGGGUUUACUGUGGAAUGGAAUGAGAUCCUAGAUGUUGUCUCUGAGUCAAGAUCUAAUUUCACAGCCACUGAAUUAUUCAUCAUUCGGUAAACUUUCCAGGCUCUGGUGCAUAGCGUAUGGAGGGAGAGAAAUGCUCGUAGGCAUGGAGAGCAACCGAGAGAAGAAAGAUUGUUGAUCAAAUGUGUUGACAAACUCAUUCGACUGAAGCUGCUUGCAGUCAAAGGAAAGGGAAAGAUAUACCUUGAGGAAAGUUUAUGUGCUUGGUUUGGCUCAAGGUUAUAAGUUGAAGUGUUGUAGGAGUUUUUGAGUUUUAUUUCUUUGGUCUUUUUUAUGAGAUCAAAAACAGAUGCACUAGAUCUAACAUAAGUUUUGAUUGAAUAAAUUUUACAAUCAUUCCAAAAAAAAAAGAGAGUAGAGAAUUGAGAGUGACAAAAUAAUGGAAGCGGCAAGAAUGUGUUUUGGUCCUAAAACUCUCCCUCGCCUUUGCAACGGUGCUCAUCUUAUCUUCCAACCAAACUCUCGCUAUUUCUGCACAACAAAGAAAAAACGGUUGGUAUCUGAUCAAAUACGAUAUUUUUCUAAUUCUUUUUAUAUUUUUUUCAAAUUUCAUUUUUGAAAUUCGAAAUAAAACUAUUUUAAUUAUUUUAAUAUAUUUAUUUGUAUAUUUAUUAAAAUUAUAAAUCUCAUUUUUCAAAUCUAAACUCUAAAGUCUAUAUUAAAAUAUUAGAAAUGUGAUAAUUUAGGCAAUUUUUCUAAUAAUUUCGAAAUGGCCACUUGUACAUUUGCACCACCUGUAAUCACCACCUAUAAUUAGUGCAGUUCAAAACUAGCGACGGAGCAUCCUCAUUCUAUCAACAUCAUGGUGGCUAAAAUAAUCACCAGGGCUAGAUAUUUCACAAGGGCUCUGGACUUCUGGUAUUAUUAUUUCUUUUGUAACACAAGAGUUCUGGUAUUAUUCUUAUUCAUUUUCUCUUUGAUCUUCCUCUCUCCUAACUCCAGUUUUCUACCUUGGAACCCCAAUGAAAUCUAAUGAUCUUAACGUAACAAGUCAAUUCUAAGUGAAAGCUAGAAAGAGCGUGUGAUGUAGGUUGUUUGACUCUCUCGUCUUUUCUAGUCAAGUGGCUUUGAGCUUAAAUGUCUGCAUAUUGCAAACGGACAAAUGAGGGAUACUUAUUGUAACUAUUGGCUUCUUUUUCUCGAUCACUGAUUGAAAUUGAUUGAAAAUGUAAGAAUAUUGAUUGUUAUGAUUUUGUAUUUCUAUUGAUUAAAGAAGACAGCCAGUAAUGAUUACGAAUAAAAUUUGAUUUAAGCACUAGAAGGAGAUGCAUGGGAAGUAUCUAGGUUUACUUGAAUGCUUUAGUGGUUGGAAGAAAAAGUUACUUGCAUUAUAUAUCUGUGAAAAGCUUAACAAAAAAAUCAAAGGUUGGUUUGCCCAAAAAGUUCCUUUUUGAGGAAAUGAGGUGUUCUUUAAGUCAAUAGCUAUGACUUUUCCGGUUUAUGCAGUGUCAUGUUUUCCAUUGAGGAAGCAUCAUUGCCAGAAAUUCAUGAGUGAAACGGCUAGAUUUUAGUGGGAUGAGGAUGGAGAUAAAAGGAAAAUCCAAUGAACAGCAUGAGAAAAGUUGUGUAUGUCAAAGGAAAAUAGUGGAUUGGGGUUUCAGACAUCGAAGAUUUCAAUCAAACUUUGCUGGCCAAACAAGCAUGGAGGUUACAUAAUGAGUCAAGUAGCCUUGAUAGCUCAGCUCUACAAGGUAAGGGUACUUUGCUUCAACAAGUUUUCUUGAAUAUGGGAAGGGUUUCAGACUAUCAUAUGCUUGGCGGAGUAUCUUAUUUGGUAGGGAGUUGCUUCUCAAAAGAAUAGUUAAGCCAAUUGAUGAUGGAAGAUCGACUUGUGUUUGUAUGAUGUUUUAGCAUAAACACACAAAUUAAAAAAAUAUAUUAAUUAUUCUCUAUUAAAAAAACAAAAAAUAAUUAAUCAUUAACCACACAUUAAUUUUUAAUAUUUUAAUCAAUUACUUUAAUAAUUUUAUGUCAUCAAUUACAAAUGCUUCGUAUGUCAUUCUGUUCUUUUCUCAAGUGUACUGAUGGUAAGUGAACGACAAAACGUAGUCAUUAUUCUUUUUAAACAAGUCUUAUUGAGUCCAAAAUAUGU